UAUGACCAACACAAAUGAAAAUACGUUCAUCGAAGCAAGCAGUUAGAAACGGGACAGUAACUUAUUUUAUUUUUAUGUGUUAUACAUAUGUCUUAUGGCAACAUCGUCUGUGAAUUUCGAUCAGACUUCUUUGUUUCUAAUAUGUCUUGGAGUAUGUUUAUGCCAGUGCAAAGACAUCCGACAUUCUUUGGAUGAUGACCUCUUGUUACCCUACACCAAAUCCCACGGGCCAUCUCAUUCUCACCGCCAUGUGAGAGACUGUCAGCCCAUCGCCCAUGGCAACGUAACCCACGAAACCUGGCCAGCAAGCAAACACUUGAGCUCACCAGUGUUCAAGUCAAAUAUAUUCAUCUCCGACAUCACCGAUGACUCUGGCGCUCACAGAUGGGCGAAUGGCCAUAUCACAGAGGUGCUUGACCCACUGAGAUCUGUGUCCAUUCUGGAACCAGGAGGCCCUGGAGGGUGCGAGCGGAAUCACAGAGAUCUGGUGGAGCACACUGCCAAAACUAGAAAGUGCCUCAUCGCCCAGAAUGGAGGAUACUUUAACACUCACACCGGGCAGUGUUUAGGGAAUGUCGUAAGUGAUGGGAAGCUGGUGAGGAACAGUGGAGGAAUUCAAAAUGCUCAGUUUGGCAUCAGAAAGGAUGGGACACUAGUGUUUGGUUACCUGUCUGAGGAUGAUGUACGGGAUAAGGUAAAUCCCUUUGUGCAGUUGAUCAGUGGGGUGGUGUGGCUGCUGAGAAACGGCGAGGUCUACAUCAAUGAGAGCAUUAAGGCAGAAUGUGACAAAACACAGGAGACCGGAAAAUUUCAAGAAUUUGUGGAUGUGAUAUCGGCCCGUACGGCGGUGGGUCAUGAUGCAGAGGGGAAACUCAUCCUCUUCCACGUCGAUGGUCAGACGCGUAUGAGAGGAAUGAACCUCUGGCAAGUGGCAAACUUUCUAAAGGAUCAGCAUGUCAUUAAUGCCAUUAAUCUGGAUGGAGGCGGCUCGGCCACUUACAUCCUCAACGGAUCCCUGGCCAAUUACCCUUCAGACCACUGCAAACAUGCGGAGUGGCGCUGCCCAAGGGCGGUAUCCACUGUGUUGUGUGUUCACGAGAGGCUGUGCCAUCCGGAGGACUGCAGUGGCCACGGGCGCUGUGUGGAGGGCCAGUGCGUGUGCCAGCAGGGCUGGAGCGGGACAGGAUGUGCCAAUCUCACAUGCCAGGCUGAAUGCGGAGAGCAUGGGAUCUGCACUGAGAAUGGAUGUGUGUGUGAUGCUGGAUGGAUGAGUUUAAACUGUAGCCAAGUAUGUGUGGCAGGUUUCUAUGGUGACGGCUGCAAUCAGACAUGCACAUGCACAAACGGUGGCUCAUGUGAUCCCGUCCACGGACAGUGCAUCUGUCCUGCUGGUUUCCAUGGAGAUUCUUGUGAGCAAGAGUGCCCUCUUGGAUUCUACGGGCUGAACUGCAAGCAGCCUUGCCAAUGUCACGACAUGUGCCCAUGCAACUCUAUCACUGGAAGCUGCAAUACCACAUACCAGGGGGAAAGAAACUUCAGUCUGCACAGAGCUGGUCACUGUCUGGCUACACAGAUGUGGAGGCAAUGGAGACAAGAGGAGGAAUCUCAUGCUCCCAGACGCUAUUUAUCCGAACAAAGCUGGCUGGUUGUCUGCGCAAUCCUGGCAACGUCGCUGCUGGCCAGCCUCGCCGGCAACCUUAUCCAGGCGUGCAGAAAAUGCAAAGCACGCAAAAAGAAGGCGGACUACUCCUACUUGCCGUUGGGAGAGAUCAACGGGGCUGUGGAGCGAGGACGAGGGCAGGGGACAAAUUCUGGGAAAGUUCUCUUUCAGCAAGAAGACUCUGACUCGGAAGGCUCCUCGUAAUGUUUCAAAAUGCAUGUGUGCGGCCGGGUUCACGCAACUGUGCCAACAGCAGAGGGCUGAGAGAGACUAGCUAGCUAGCCAGCACAAGCCCUCAUUAGGAAUGGGUUUGUUCAUGCUGUGAAUCGGUGAGCUUUUGGAAGGGCCUCUUCGUCCUCGGAUUUGGACCGUCCGACAAGGAGAUGGGCGUUAGCAUCUAAACGGCUGUCUGUGCGCCUCGGUGCGUUCACAUUAGCCCCUGCUAAGUCUGUAGAUGCCAGCCAACUUUGCUAAGUGCCCUGAUUGUGCAGUUUGACUGCGUUCAGCACAUAUUCUUGUUUGUUUGGAUUUUUUACUACGGUUUAGUUGCUAGAGAUGUAAGAACCAGUUUGUCAUGUUUGAUCCAUGUGUAACAUUUCAUUGAAGUCUUUCAUUUUGGUCUUUAGGCGUGAAGAGAACCAAGAAAAUUAGCAAUAUCACAACAGCCUUUUUAUUGACAGAAUGGCCCUGUUCCACCUGUUGCCAUAGGAAUAGACAAGUUUUGAACUAUGAACUCUUUUUGAUGAAUCCUUCCUGCUGGAACUUGCCAAACUACUAUUUUGAAACAGUUUUAUUGAAUGAUUUUUCACCAGGGGCCAUUGUUUAUUUUGAUUCUACCGUUAGACCUUUUGUAUCUUUGAACGCCUUUCCAACCCUUGCUAGCCUUAUCAUGGGUGCUGUUUUGUUUGUUGUCACUUAAAACCAGCCAUUGAAACACAUUAGAAGACAAAAACAUCAAGGCCUGGAUUGUUUACACGCUCAAAGCAGGAGAAGGACAUCUGUGGUUAGCACAAAGUUGCUCUUUUUCUCUGUUCUGAAACAUUGAAUCCAGGCUUUGGAUUCAAUGUGUUUUAUCAGGUUCUGUUUUAGCUCUGAAACAUGACACAAAUAAUAUACAAGAGGAACAUUUAGUCGGGUUUGUUCCUGUGCUGUUUCCUGUUUGCAUACAAAUAGAUUUAGGCUUGUCUUGUUUUAAGAAUUUCACAAGCAAACAAAGAGGCAAGUGGAAUCAUGGAUCUCAUUAAACCUGUCAAAAGAUUCAAUACACCCCAAAAUCCAAAGAAAUUAGUAAUUAUAUUUUUACCUAUAGAAAAUUAAGCUUAUUUUGGACUAUUAAUAUUUUUCAAAUUGUGACAUUAUUUUGAUCACAACUAAGCACAUUUUCUCUGCCCACUUUUCAUCAAUAUAAUCGAACAUUUCUAGAUUCUCAUGACUGACACACACACAAAUGAUAUAUUUAUAAAUUGUGUUUAACUAACUAAAUUAUUUAUACAUCUUGGUAGUACUUGUAGUUUCUUUAAUGUGUGCCGAUUUAAAUAGAAAUACAGUAAAAGUAAAACACCCAGAAACUAACGAGAAUUUCGUGCCAAAAAAAAAAAAAAAAUAAUAGACAAAAUUCUUCAUGCUGAAUAUAUAAUGUAUAUUUGUUGUUAUUUUGAGGUGUUAUAUAGAGUUAAAUAGUGAAAGACAUUUGGUUACAUUUGACUGUUUAUUAACUUCCUGGUUCAUUUCCUGCUUUGCAUAUGAUAUUCACUGCGAACGACCUCAAUGAUGACCUCUAAGUGUAGAGCAGAUUGGAGUUUUUCAUUUAAAGCUAAUCAAGCGAGCAGAUUCCACACAGGUUAGAGAAGGUACGUGUUUGUCUCCGCUGGUUCGGUCAUGAUGCUAAUCCAGUGUUUUAAGCGGCUGGUUUUGUUGUGUUGUGUCCUUUUAUUAAACGACAGAAAUUGCUAGGAUAAGAACGUGGAUUAUAAAUAAUGUUUGUUUUAUUUAUCAUGGAUUUGAUUGUUAUUCUACCUUAUUUUGUUAUGAAUCUCUCUAAUUCAGAUCAUCUGGCUGCUGUCAGAUUGGCUUGACAUUAGAUUAGUGACAGCCUAACCUAUGUGCCUGACCUGUUUAGCAGGCAACAUCCCUCUUGUCCUCAUAAAUAAAGGCCAGGAUGAAUACUUGAACCUCUGUUCAUGCUCCUGGAUUCAUUUUUAACCUUUCAAAUGAAUGUGAAAAAACAAAAUGAUUCCAAAAUAAUGUGAAAUAAUGAGAUUUUUCUGUACAAAAUGGAAAUUAUUUUUAUGUGUUUGUGCAUAAAAGGACUUGUGACAAAACAGUCUUCAUUUGUGUCUUCCUUGCACUGGAUCAGUUGAUUAAAAUUUGGCUUUAAUUGACUAUUUAAGCUUGUAUAAAGAUUGUUACUACUGUUUAGGCUGAUAAUCGAAUGCACUGCUGUUUUAUAUUUUUUGAGAUAUAAUAGAUAAUGCACUUGUAUUGUCAUUGAGUGACACAUUGCUAUAAAUGAAAGGUGUGUUCUUCCAGAGAAAAGUUAAAAGCAGGUUUAUCCUUGGGGGUUUUCAACAGAAAAGUGUUUCAGAUAUGUGUUAAACAGAACAGUAGGCCCUACCACUGAUAUGAUGAGGCUCAGAAGUUAUCCGUGCUAGUUUGUCUGUAAUAUUUAUUUGUCAUUCCAAUUUGCCACAAACCUCUUGGGCAAUAUGCAGGCAAAAUGUGUUCUAACACAGAAAACAAUUUGUAAGUAACACUUAGUCCAUUGGCCCAAAAUCAGAUCACCUGUAUCUAACAAAACGAAUAAUAAAAGCCAUUUGUGUUGCAUUACCAUUAAAUGAUGUACAUUACCACUAA